UUCUGUUGCAUAAACUUUAAGUGAGCCAUUUGGAGAUGUGACCGACUUGGCAUAAACCCGCUGACAAUCACGUGGAUACGCAAAGGCGUGUCAAACGAGGUCACGAUAUAGUUGUUAUGUAAGGCUUAUGAAAGCGGUCAACUUGCUCAAAUACCUCUUACAGCACAUCGCAGACAAAAGCGCGAUGGAUGUGUCUAAAAUUGCAAAGUGUUUGGUGCGAAGUGUUGGCACAAAUGAGAACUAUUCCAUAGAGUCGUUCUAUGAAAAUCACACCUGCGUCAUAACAUUCUUAAGAAGGUUUGGAUGAGCCUUCUGCCGCCUUGGUGCGAAAGAGCUCUCCACACUCAAACCUCAGCUGGAUGCCCAUGGAGUUCGUCUCAUUGGCAUUGGCUUGGAGGAAAUAGGUUUGGAGGACUUCCAGAAGGGGCAGUUUUUUUCUGGUGAACUUUACAUCGAUUUGAAAAAAGAAACAUACAGCAAGAUGGGCUUUAAAAGAAUGAAUGUUCUGAGUCUUUUUCCAGCUCUGCUAUCUAAAGUAGCUCGAACUGCUUUUUCAAAGGCCAAAGUAGAAAAGGUAGGAGGAGAUCUGAAAGGAGAUGGAAUGCAGAAUGGAGGAACCCUUGUAAUUGAGAAAGGUGGCAAAGUUCUGUUGAGCUUCAAGCAAGACAAUCCUGCUGAUCAUGUCAACCCAGCAGAUGUGCUAAAGGCCCUUGGCAUUGAUGAGAGUGUACCUAAUGCAGUGGAUGAAGAAGUUGAUGCAGAAGGUUCAGGCACUGGAUGCAAAGGUGCCUGUGCCUUGCCUAAGAAAGAAGUGAAGUGCACAGGGGAUGUCUGUGAACUGCCAAAGAAGAAAUAAGUAGAUAUAUUUUCUCAACUGCUAAUGCAACCAGUCCAUCUAACAAGUCAGAGAUUCUCCCAGAUUGUGGCAUCAUGAUGACACCCUUCUGAAACUCUUAUCCAGAGAGAAGUGUGUCUGACACAACAGCUAGAAAGCUGUGCCACUAAGUGGAAGAUUCUUGACAUGUUUGGUCAUUAGGUUAAUUUGCAUUUUUAUAUUUUAAAAAGUACUUUUAAUAAGUUUAAUCUAUUACUCUUCAAAACUCUUUGCUAGAUCUUUGCAUUUGUACCAGGUCAAUGAAUAGAAGAGUAGGGUAAUUUUGUUCAGCUACUUUUUGACAGGAGUAUGCAACUAAGUACAGUAUUAAAGUGUGCAUUAAACAGGGUUAUGUCAGAAUCAAAUAAUUACAAUCCAACAUUAACAUAGCAAAAUGGCUUUAGAAUAAUUUAUAGGGGUUUUUUUUUUCUCUUUUUAGUAUUUGAAUGUUUGUUUUUUCUUCAGAAUUGUUUCCACCACACUACUAGGUCAAGGCUAUUGUUUUCAUAAUUUAGAUGUUCAAAGACUUGUGGUUAUGUAUAAAAGAAGAGGAGGGCGAAGCAAAGUUGUGUUGCAUUCAAUAUUAAAGCGUAAUUGUGCUCAAUUUCCUAUUUUGAUUUUUAUUAUGAAUUUGAUUUCUGUUUAAAUUUUGACAUUGAAUUUCUUUGACACCAUUGUCUCUUUGUUGUUAUAGAUAUAUAUAUAAAUGAAGAUCAGCUAAA